AUUGUCAAACAACGAGUUUUCUCCACGUAAUUCUAGCGUGCGGGGCUAUCAAAAAAAUAUUAAAUUUAUUGAAUUAACGACUUGCUUCCGGCAAUGUUCGCAUUUUAAAGUAUUCAGGGGUGCUUAUCACAAAUUCAUAAGUGCGUUGUGCAAUAAAUCCGCCAGGAUGAAGACUCUCGGGGCUCUUCUGGUGUUUUCGCUGGCGCUUGCCGGCUCGUUGGCCGUGGACAGGAACAAUUUCAAGAGUUGUGAGCAGUCGGGUUUCUGCAAACGCUUGCGGCCUUUCAAGCCUGAGAAGUCGCAGUAUUCGUUGAAUUUGGACACAGUAAUUGUGCACGGGAAUGUACUUACUGCGGAAGUCAACACUGUGGACACGGAAACUGAAAAGAGGAUUAUACUGUGGAAUUACGCCCUCAAACUGACGGCGUUAGUCGACGGUACCUUCCGAGUGGAGUUAGAUGAGGCGGACCCGCUGUAUCCCCGCUACAGGACCCAGCUGGCUUUGGACGGAGAACCUAAGGGAGACAGCCUGAAACUUGUGUCGAAUGAGAAAGGCGUGGUGACCGUUGUGAACGGUCAAGGCCAUAAGGUUCUCAUCACGGCGGAACCCUUCAAAUUGGAGUUCCUUGAUCAGGCCGGCGAUGUGUCAGUGGUGUUGAACGGCAACGCGCAACUCGUGGUCGAACCACUCAAGGUCAAAGAGGAGGGCGGUGAUGAAGAUGACAGCUCACGCGGCGAAAACUUCAAAUCUCAUCACGACAGCAAGCCGCGAGGCAACGAGGCAAUCUCUCUCGAUAUCACCUUCCCCGAGGCAGACCAUGUCUACGGUAUCCCCGAGCACACAGACAACUUCGCCCUUCGCACUACCAGCGGCGGAGACCCGUACCGUCUCUACAAUCUGGACGUUUUUGAGUUCGAGCUCAACAGCCGCAUGGCUCUGUAUGGCUCUAUCCCCGUCAUGUAUGCUCACGGAUCUAAGCGUACUGCGGGCGUUUUCUGGCACAACUCUGCCGAAACUUGGGUGGAUGUGGUCAAUCACGCUGAGGGCACUGUUGUCUCCUCAUUGGUCAAUCUGGUCACCGGGGGGCAGAAGAAGCAGGUUGAUGCCAGAUUCAUGAGUGAGUCCGGCAUUGUGGAUGUGUUCGUGAUGCUUGGCAACCGGCCUAAGGACGUCUUCAGACAGUACACACGACUCACUGGUGUGAUGCCUUUACCUCCCAAAUUCUCCAUCGCCUACCACCAAUGCCGCUGGAACUACGUGGACGAGAAUGACGUGCGACAGGUUGACGACAAUUUUGACGUGCACGACAUUCCCAUGGACGCUGUAUGGCUCGACAUCGAAUACACGGACAGAAAAAUGUACUUCACCUGGGACGCCGAGAAGUUCCCCCACCCCGCCGAAAUGGUCGCCAACCUAACCGCUAAAGGCCGAAAACUCAUCGCCAUCAUAGACCCUCACAUCAAGAGGGAACCUGGCUACUUCCUGCAUGAAGACGCCACUGAAAAUGGAUAUUAUGUGAAAGACAAGGAUGGGAAAGAUUAUGAAGGUUGGUGCUGGCCCGGCUCGUCAUCCUACCUAGACUUCUUCGACCCCAAAGUCAGCCAGUACUAUUCCGAGCGAUUCCAGUACAAGAACUGGCCUGGCUCUAGCAAAGAUGUCCACCUCUGGAACGAUAUGAACGAACCUAGUGUAUUCAACGGUCCGGAAAUCACGAUGCCCAAGGACUGCCGCCAUUACAAGCCUCCCCAAGACGGCCAUGAUGGACUCGCCUCUUAUUGGGAACACAGACACGUCCACAACGAAUACGGUCUAGCCCACAUCAGUGGCACCCACCAGGGCAUGUUGGACCGCGCCGACGGCAAAUACAGGCCCUUCAUACUCACCCGUUCAGCUUUCGCUGGCACUCAGAGAUACGCAGCCGUCUGGACAGGCGACAACAUGGCCGAUUGGGGUUUUCUGGCCGUCUCCAUUCCCCAAUGCAUCUCCAUGUCCAUCGCUGGAAUAAGCUUCUGUGGCUCCGAUGUCGGCGGAUUCUUCAAAUACCCUGAACCCGAGCUGAUGACCAGAUGGUACCAGGCGGGAGCAUUCCAACCAUUCUUCCGUGCUCACUCCCACAUUGAGACUAAACGUCGCGAGCCCUGGCUGUAUGAACCUGCCACCACCGCUCUCAUACGCGACGCUGUGCGCAGGAGAUACGCCCUCAUCGACUAUUGGUACACUCUCUUCUACGAGCACUCUGUGGACGGUCUGCCCAUCAUGAGACCCACCUUCCACGAUUACCCCGAAGAAGAGGAAACCUUCGACAUUCAGGACCAGUACUUACUUGGUGACGAAUUCCUAGUCCGCCCUGUGACUGAGCCCGGCGUUACUAGUGUCAAAGUGUACCUACCCGGGAAGGCAACCCGCACCCUCUGGUACGAUGUCGACUCGUACCACGCGCACGCAGCCAAUGGAUACUUCACACAGGACGUCAACAUCGCUAAGAUCCCCGUGUACCAGCGAGGCGGCACCAUCGUACCGCGUAAGGAGCGCGUGCGACGCUCAUCAGCACUCAUGGCGGCCGAUCCUUACACUCUAGUUGUCGCUUUAGACGCUAACAAUUCUGCCCACGGCUCGCUGUUCAUUGACGACGGAGAAACUUACGAGUUCAAAAACAACAAGUACAUCUACGCCCACAUCGACUACGAAUCCAGCGGCAUCACGUACUCUUUGGUGGAUUCUACCAACUACCCCACCCGCUCCUGGGUAGAGCGUAUCGUGAUCGCCGGCAUCAAGGCGCCGCCUAAAACCGCCAAACUCAUACAGGGUGACAAACAACUCGCUCUACAGAUGACUCUGCAUAAGGGCAACGAUGUCUUAGUUGUUAGAAAACCGGGCGCGAGCAUGGCGCAACCUUGGAAAAUUGUUUUCAGUUAUUAGAGACUGUUGUAUUUAUAACACAACGCUAAAAUCAACAUUAACUUGACUUUUUGAGGUUAUGUUACUUUAUAAAGUGUAAUUUUUGUCGUCAUUUGUCCAAAACUGCCAAUGACAAAUAACUUGCUCUACUCUGCAUAAGGGCAGGAAACACGAGCAUGGCGCAACCUUGGAAAAUC